UGUAUGCCUGCUCCUCAGCACCGAGCACACCGAGCGGCAGCAGCAGCAGCGGCAGAGGAGCGUUAAAACACCGAGUCCCAGGCAGGGACAGACAGACAGACAGACAGGGUCCGACACCGUCCCCUGUCCUAAACGACACACCGCGGCUGGAAACCACCGGCCCAACGGACGGGAAAGCGACGCUUUUAUUUUUUAAAAAUCCCACCGUUCCCCCAUUUUUUUUAAACGUUUAACGGCUGAAAGUGCGUUUACCGGGAACUUUGCUCCCAGAGAGCAGCACUUACUGGAGCCGGUGUGUAGAGAAGAACAUCAACUUAACCGUCUCCCAGAGCUCGGUUUCGGCGAAUUUCACCAACUUAUUUAUCUGUUUUUGAGCUCUUUUUAAAAAAAUAAAAAUCGUCCUUUCUGUGUGAGGGACUCGUUAAAAAAACGUCAGUUAGCUCAGUUUAGUGGCUCAGAGGACGGAAAGAAAUCAAGAACAGGCGGAGAAGUGGAUGUAUUUUCAGCCAUGGAUGUAACAGUUUACCCGCCUCCUCCUCAGCCUCUGGCCGCCUCGGACCACACCAGGCUGGGGCAGCUCUCCUACCCAGACCCGGCCUUCGGAACCAACAAGCUGGAUGGGGACACCAUGUUCCUGGGUAUGCCAGAAGCAGGCCUUGACUUCGCUUCAACCAGCCAGUUCCGUGUGCCGCAGCCCCCUCACCCUCUCAGCAAGGUGACGCCACCCAACCCUCCAUCGCAGCACUGGAGGAGGGACGCCCACAUGGCCGACACACACCGCCUGCCCUGGUCGUACCAGGUGGGUGGUUUGGGCGAUGACGACUUCAACAUCCCGCCCAUCACCCCGCCCACCCUGCCAGACCACAUGCUGCCCCCACGCCUCCCUCACGACUCCCCGUCCGGACCGUACCACCCCAUGGACCCCCCCUCCAGCUCGGCUCCUCACCACCCCUACCAGCUGCAGGGCAUGGAUCUGCCCGGUCUGCCCGGUGGCCAGGAUGGAGGCGCCAUGCUGAGCCAGGACGGCGGCGCGUUCAGCCCGGACGGCGGCCCGAUGACCAGCACCCUGUCUGUGAUGCAGCAGAUGGUGAACUCGGAUUCUCGGUUUACCAGCAGCCAGCAGCCGAUCGAAGCGGCGCUCGGACCCAGGAGCCAAUCGGGCAUGAACCAGCAAAACCAGUUGUCCACCAUCAACCAAUCCCAGCUGGGGUUGAGCGGGAACUCCAUCGCCCAUAAUUCCCCCUCACCUCCUGGAAGCAAAUCCGCCACCCCGUCUCCCUCCAGUUCAGCGCACGAGGACGACAACGAUGAUGGACUCCGGGGGGAAAAACGUCCGGCAGCAGCAGAAACCCAAAAAACGCCAAAGAAGAAGAAACGAAAGGACCCCAAUGAGCCGGUGAAGCCGGUGUCUGCCUACGCUCUCUUCUUCAGGGACACUCAAGCCAACAUCAAGGCCCAGAACCCCAACGCCACCUUUGGGGAAGUUUCGAAGAUCGUGGCCUCGAUGUGGGACGGCCUGGGAGAAGAGCAGAAACAGGUGUACAAGAAGAAGACAGAGACGGCUAAGAAGGAGUACCUGAAACAACUGGCUGCCUACAGAGCCAGUCUGGUCUCACAGAGCUACAGCGACCCAUCUGACAUGAAGCCUCCCCACUUCUCCUCAUCCUCCUCUUCUACCUCAAUGUUUACACCCAAACCCUCGGUCUACCCCGGCCACCCGGGCCAGCACCCUUCCUCCAACUCACUCCCCCACCCUCACCCUCUCCAGUCCCACCAGCACCCCUGGCAUUACAUGUCCCUACCCUCACCGCACCCUUCCCACGCCUCCAGCCCCGGCCUCGGGCCCCACCCCCCUCCUCACCCCCAGAUCCACCCCCAGCUCCAGGCUCUGUCCUCCAGAGGGACCGUGCCGCGGGCCGGCGUCCCCCACCAGGGAGCCCUGUCCCUCGGCAGCGUGGCGGCGGCGUCCACCCCUCCUCUCCAGGUCAGCCCUCCCCUCCACAGCCAGGCACACCUGGGAGGCCUGCACAGUCCUCACCACCAGCACCAGCAGCUCAGUGGACACUCACUGGGAAUGACACACUCCCCCGCCAUCACACAGGCUUACCCUCCAUCCCUCCAGUCUGACUACCAGCCAAUGGGAGGAGGUAUGCUGAAUAGUGGACCGGUGAUGUCAUCAUCAGUGGACUACCACCAGCUGGGUCGACACACACCAAACCACCACCCCUCUCUGGACUGGAGCACUGAUUACCAUGGCAACGGAAGUCUUCAGAGAGACAAACCUCUGUAUCUGAGCUAAUCUCAGGACCAAACGACACCAAACGUCUCCACUUCUACUGCCACACCUCCAAACCUCCGGCCUCGCCUCUCCAACCUGAACCCCACUGAGAGCCGUGGACCUCCAGACCACCUCCACCUGAACCGGACCCGAGUUCAGCACUUAAAAACCCCAGCAGUCGAGUCAUUUCUGUGUAUUACUACUAUCUCUUUAAGGUACAACAGUGUUAAGAGCUGACGGGAGCGUCUGUUAUCCGCUGUAUCUUUUCUACCUGUGAGGGAGGUCAUGCUGAUGGGUGUAAAUACUCCAACCUCCGUCUACUUUCCUGUCUGCUCUGAAAACGACGUCACGUCUAGUUCCUGGUUUUGUAAGGAUGGUGUUUGCCAUCAGCUCCGUGUAAAUUGCUGUAACAUAACUGUUUGAGUUGUCAGUUUAAACCCGACUGAUUUGCGUUUCUUUGACCUCAUAGUUGCCGUGUUUUUCUACAGCCAAAACCGGAAGAACACAGCGCAAAACCAAAUACUACACAAAUUGUGUUUUUCCCCUCCGGCUCUUUAAUCACAAGAGUCUUCGAUUUGAUGAGUGAGGAGACGGAAAACCUUCAGCGAUUCUCUUAAACGCAGUGAUAAAGAGUGAAAUCCGGCUGCUUUAUUCAGCUGAAGACAAAUGAGAGGAAGGUGUGGGGCGGCACGCAGAGCUGUUUGUCUGUUUAACCAGGCAGCGGCUGUGAAUAAUUGUGUACGAUUAAAGAACUUUCAUUGUUCUCUUAAAGAAGCCCGAUGUAUUUUAGUCCUUGAAAUAAUAAAAAUGUCAAACAGUUGUUUGGUGGAGGAAAAAAAAAAAAAAAGACACAAAAAUAGUCCUUUGUACGAUGACGGCUCCUCCUCCUGGCAUAUGUCUGUUGCUGAUAUUGAUUUGGAUCCAAACUGUGUGAGUGUGUGAAGUGUUAAUGAGAAGCAGAGUGCUUGAUUGGGUUGCAUGGUCUCUUUUAUCAUCUCUUUUUCUCUCUGUGCACAGAGGCUAUUUAAGAAACUAUAACUGUUGCUGGGUUGGCUGUGUUUUAAUGUUGUUUUUUUUUAAUCAAAUCAAGUUUUGUUUUAGUGCUAAUGAUGAUGAUGAGGGACGUAUCUCUCUCGCUCUGUAUCUCUUUGUAUUAAUGUGGUUUUUUUGGCAGAUGAAAGGACUCUGGGCAACAACAACCAUGAAGAUUUUCUUAUUUUUAGAUUCUAAUAAUGUGUUUGAGAAUAAAGUCAGCGCUGCAUUGAUGUGCAGUCAUUACUCCAAA